UCGUGACCCAAACAUGGCGGAAGCAUUUUAAGUGUUUAACCAAUUAAUUAAUUUUUUAAUUCUUUAGUGUUUAAGAAUACAAUUGAUAAUCAUUCUCCCGUCGUUUCUGUGUUAUAACAUUUCCAAUGGUUAUCAUGGAAAAUGCAGACGACGACGCAUUUGCAUCUCUACCCAUUGCGACAAAGAAGUUCCAGUUCAAGAAAGUAGAGAAAAGCAGCUCUUUGGCUAGUAAGUCGAAUACAACGUCUCCAUUUUUCAAAAAAAUACAACAGAAGUCGUCAGAGAGGGAUAAGGUAUAUACACUGCCAAGAAAUGUAAUUCCAAACAACUUUGAGGCUGAUCCUUUGAAGGAAAAGUUGGAAAACCUGUUUAAUGAUGAAGAGGCACCAGAGUCACAUAAAAAGUCAAAAGCAAGAAUUUCUAACAGUCAGAAGAUUUCCAUUGGCCAUAAUACUUUUAAAAAAUCCAGUACUCCUAAUAGCUAUACCAAUAGCACAUUGAAAGAAAGCACAAAUGAGAAAGUUGCACAGCUUUGCGGGACUAGCAGUGGUAUUGAAACCAUUAGUAAUAAACUUAGUAACAAAAUACCUGUGAAGAGAUUUACGCCUUUGAAAAAAGACUCAAAUGAAAUGAAAUCACAAGUAGCUCCUAUAUUUAAUUUCCACAAAGCCAAGAAAAAGGAUUCUGUAGAUGAUAAACCAUGCUUUCCAACAAGUAUUAGCAGUUCAUCACAUUCAAGCAAGUCGAGACUUCAAGAUUCAAAAAAUACACCAGAAAGUUGUACAAAAAAUGCUUCAAAGUUCCAUUUUAAGAAGAAAACUGUUGUAGGCGUACCUAAAGAAUCAUUAGUUGAUCUUUUCUGUGAUUCGCAAAGUUUUACUGAUUCAAGGACAACUAAUUAUGACACAGGUGUAACUUUUAGUGUAGAAGAAACCAAUGAAGUAAAAUCUCCAGUGGUAUGCUCAAGUACUUCAAACAAAUUUAAAGAUAACGAUCCUGAAAAGGUUAAACAUAUCUGUGAUAAUGUUAAGAUCAUAAACAUUGAAGAUAAUAGGCAUGUUUCUAGUAGCUCUGCAAAACUCAAAGAUACCAGGCAGGACACAGAAUUAUUUGAUUUGUCAGAAAAAGAUAAACAGAAAAAGCUUGUUUUUAAAAAAGGUAGCUCUAGUUCAGGCUCAUCUACUCCAGAUUUGUCACCAGUAAAAUCCUCAUUAAAUAAAAAACAAGUAUCUCCAAAAAUUAGUAAACCCCUACUUCAUCAAGAAGAUGGCUCUAGUUCAGCAGAUACUACAACAAUAAAACCAAAAAAGUUUGUUUUUAAGAAAUUAACAUCUAGUUCAGGCUGCUCUACGCCUAGCUUGAGUCUUUCUCCUAAAAAAUCUUCAUUGAAUAAGAAAGAAGAAUCUCCAAAAAGUAACAAAUAUUUACAUAAGUCUGUGAACUUCGUAAAACAUGAUAGUCAUAUCUCCAUCAGCUCUGAUGAUUUUGAUGACACACCUGUAAAAUCUACUAAAACCACAAAUGUCUCUAAAAAAGUACUCCUUGAUGAUGAAGUGCAGUUUAUUAGCCAAUCCUUACAAACCACACAGGCAGAUUAUAUGGAUGAUGAGGAAUUUGAAAGGCUAUUUGGUGAAGGAAGUAAGCCCACAGAGCCACAAGCAUCAAACAUACCAGCAGAUGAUUUUGAUCUCAGUGAUAUAAAUUGGAGCGAAAAAAUUGAUACACCAGUAAAAGAAUCAGACAUCUUAGCAGAUAUUUCAGAUGUGAAUUGGAGUGAAGAUAUUUUUGCACAAGAGUCUUAUACCCCACCUGAUGCUUUCAAAGAUCGAGUAGAUGAUGCUGCUGAGUUUAAAGGACAUUAUCAUUUCUCUGAUACUAUGGAUGAAGUAUUGCAUCAGAAGUUUGGUUUGAGAGAGUUCCGGCCACAGCAAAGGGAGAUUAUAAAUGCAUGUUUGAACAGACAUGAUUGCUUUGUCCUUAUGCCUACAGGUGGAGGAAAAAGUUUAUGCUAUCAACUACCAGCUGUGCUUAGUGAAGGUGUUACUAUUGUCAUCUCGCCUUUGAGAGCUCUAAUAAGUGAUCAAGUAGACAAACUUAAUGCACUAGAUAUUUGCUCUGCUCACCUUUGUUCUGAUGUGUCAAGAGAAGAUAGUACUAUGGUUUUUAGUAAACUGCACUGUAGAGAACCAUUGAUAAAAUUACUGUAUUUAACACCUGAAAAAAUCAAUGCUUCUAUGGCAGUUGCAGAUCUGUUGAAAUCUUUGUACCAAAGAGGCAAACUUGCAAGGGUUGUGAUAGAUGAGGCACAUUGCCUCUCUCAAUGGGGACAUGACUUUAGGCCAGACUACAAGCAGUUGUACAAGUUAAGGGAACAGUUUAGAGAUGUACCAAUAAUGUGUCUUACAGCUACAGCCACAAAACAUGUUGAAACAGAUGUUAUCAAUACAUUGAAGUUAACUAAAGUAAAGAGGUUCAUCAUGAGUUUCAAUAGGCCAAAUAUCAAAUACCAGGUGAUUCCAAAAACAGGAAAGUUUGCCACAGCGGAGAUAAUCAAACUGAUUCGGUCAAAGUUUUACAAGAAGUCUGGAAUAAUAUACUGUCUUGCUAGAAACGAUUGUGAUACAAUCGCUGAACAGUUAAACAGACAAGGCAUAAUGACUCGUCCUUAUCAUGCUGGCAUGAAUGAUAAGAUCAGGGAAGCAAUCCAAAGAGAAUGGAUGCAAGACAGAUUCUAUGUCAUCGUUGCCACCAUAGCUUUUGGCAUGGGUAUUGAUAAACCAGAUGUCAGAUUUGUCAUACACAACUCAAUUCCGAAAUCUGUAGAAGCUUUUUAUCAAGAAUCGGGUAGAGCUGGACGGGAUGGUGAAAUAUCUUACUCAUAUUUAUUUUACAAUUACACUGAUGUACUGAGGUUACAGAAGAUCAUGCAAAUGGAAAAAGCGAACAGGAAAACCAUGGAUGGUCACAACAACAACCUUAGGCAGAUGGUGUCAUUUGCAGAGAAUGUUGUAGACUGCAGAAGACAUUUGCAGUUGUUGCAUUUGGGAGAGAACUUUGAUAGGAAUAUCUGCAUAAGAAAUAAGGGGACAACCUGUGAUAAUUGCGAAAAUAUCAAUAGAUACAAAGAAGUUGAUGUUACAAAAGAAGCAAGAGAGUUGGGCACCUUGGUGAAAGACCUAUCUGUGAGGGACGUGACUAUGAUUCAGAUUGCUGACACUUAUAAAGGGUCAAAAGCAAAACUUAUUGUUGACAGAAGGUAAGCAGAAAAUUUGAAUUUUUGACCAUAAAAAUUAUGAAUCGAAAUUGAAAUUUGUUGUUUUUUGCUUUUAUCUUUGCCACAAAUGCACCAAUCUCCAAAAUAAGGUAACGCUACUACAACUUUGUACCAUAUGCCACUCCAGAUUUCAUUAAAAUCAAAGCUGCACUCAUAAGAACGUCAACUUUUUAGAUGGUAAUGUGUGACAUGGAUUUAUGUGAAGCUGAUAUUCGAAAAAUUUUGCUUUAACACGUGCCUCCCGACACGCAGUGUGUUGUAGCUGUCAAAAUUUCCGUUAUAAAGAUGUCUCAUCAAUAUAUGGUACAGACAUUCUGAACAUCUACAAAUUCCUCUAUUUCUUUCAGAUACGACAAACACAAGUUCUAUGGUGCAGGGAGUAGCAUGGACCGUACUGAUAUUCAUCGAAUCCUUAAGGACCUCAUGAUAAAAAACAUCUUCAGAGACCAUUUGACAUAUACAGGAGAUUUCCCUGUUGUAUAUAUAAAACCAGGAUCCAAGUUCGAUGCUCUUUUCUUUCCGAAUUUCAAACUGACACUCGCCGUUAGUAAAGGGCGGGACCACUGUGCAAACUACAAGCCUUCACCUGCAGAUAUCAGCUACUCCGAGUUAGAUGGAAUAGAAGAGUCAUUGCCAGCCCCACUUAGUUUGGAUUCUCCUGGACCUUCUAGGGCACCAGUAGCUAAUGUAGCUAAGAAAGGUGUUGCCACUAAAUAUACCAAACAACAAAUUGAAAAACUGAAAGUACAAUGUCAUGAAGAACUUUUGGAAGAAUGUAGAAGACUGGCAUUGGAGAGAAAUGUAACACUAUCAUCUAUUAUGAAUUUAUCUGCCAUCAAAACUAUGUCUGAUGUGUUGCCAAAAACUCAGCAGGAGAUGCUAAAAAUUCAACAUGUUACUGCUGCAAACUAUAAAAAAUUUGGUGAUUUUUUCUUGACAAUUACCAAAAAAUUCCGAGAUCAAGUCGAUAAAUUGCAAGAGAAGCAACAAUCUGAAAAUUUGGCCAACACAAGCCUCGCCAAUGAUGACGACUUUUGGUGUUCAUCCCAAAGCAGUUAUGGAGGAGGUGUCAAAAGAAAAUCCACAGGAUGUUAUAAGAGAGGUGGAAAGAAAUUUAAAGGUGGUGGCAGGAAAAAAUGGAGAACCCCAAAGAAAAAAGCAAGUCCCAAAUCAGGGAAAAGCAAAAGUACCAAAAAGUAUUCUGCACCUAAGCAGGGUGGUGGAGGAGGAUCUGGUUUGGGAUUGAUGCCUGUACUGCAUAUAAAAUGAAAUUUGGAUAUGAGUAAGGGAAAAUAGUACAAACCAAAUUAUCAAUUAGCUUUCUGAGCUCACUUUGUAGAUAUCAUGUACAGUUUUGAUGUAAUUGUUAACUCCAUAAUUUAUUUAUAUGUUUCAAUUAAAUAUUUUAUUACACAUUCUAU